AUGUGGACGGCAAGCAGCGCAUUGUUCUUCGCCGCCACAACAAUGGCCACCAUCGGUUAUGGCAACAUCGUACCAGCCACGUCGUCCGGUCGGAUCGCUUGUGUGGUCUUCGCUUUGUUCGGAGCUCCUUUGGCUAUCAUCACUAUUGGAGGUUAG